AGCGCCCCCUGCAGGGCAGGAGGACCCCGGGGGGGGGGGUGGGUGGUCUUGUGUGUUUCCCCCCUCCCCGCCCCGCCAUGGCCGCCUUCCUCCUCCUCCUCCUCCUCCUCCUCCUCGUGCUGCCGCCGCCGACCCCGGCGCUGCCCGAAGGCCCCGGCUGCCACCUGCGCUGGGUGCCGCUGGUGCCGGGGGUCCCGGGGUGCCGGGGGGGGGCUGCGGGCGCCUGCGUGGGGCACUGCGAGUCCAGCGCCGUCCCCUCCCCCGGCGCCGUGCUGGCCGCCAGCCGACACCUCCAGACCUCCAGGGGGCGCUGCUGCACCAUGGCCCGCGCGCACAAGGUCCGGGUGACCCUGCGCUGCCCCGGGGGCUCCCGCCGCCGCCUCCAGACGGUGUCAGCCCGGUCCUGCCGCUGCGAUAUGUGCCGCCUGUCCCGGUACUGACCCCGCGGGGCACCGGCACCCCCCGAUCGCCAUUAAACGACGCUGCAGCACGGA